AAACUCGCACACGAGUAUCAUAGAAGCUUCGACAUAAGAGCACUUGGAGGCGCACGAAAAACCAAAACGAAUCCAACUAAAACCCUUUUCAUUUGCGGGGGUUUUUUUUUUUUUUUUUUUCCACUUUUCAUUUGCGCUUUCAAUCACUCAAUUUUGCAACAUAUUGCAAUGCAAUGAAAACACACCAACGCAACUUCAUUUUUAACGUUCUCAUCUGUAGUUUCUCCCCAAAAAAAUAAAUCCACACGUGUUUGAAACUACAACAGUUUGCGCCAAACCUUACCCCCUGGUCGAGAAAAACCGCGUUUCUUCUUCUUCUCUCUCUCUCUCAACCCUAGAAAUGGCAGAUUCGGAAUCGAACUAUAUCGACGAGCAUUCAGCUGCCUCAACAACCAUAACAUUCGACCGACCGAUCCCGUUGCUCCGAGGACCAGUUCGGGCUGGCCCACCCGAUGACCCAUCCUCCGGUCCGUACGUUCUGGCGUUUCGAGACCCCAGGACAUGGGCAAACGCGUACAGAGCCUGCGAGUCCAAGAUCAUCGAGCAGUGUGAGGCCGGUGCCAGGAUCGGGUGCGCCAUCAGCGCAUCGGACAAGUGUAAGCCCCCGUGGUGGCGAGCUCUGAUUGGUCCGAAAGCACCGGACUUGAAGCAGAGGGAGCAGUGCGAAGAGAGAGAAAUGGAGGGGUGUUUGUCUGCGGCGAAAGAUAAGUGCGUUGGGUUCGCGAAGGAGAAGUGCUUGAAGCCCUUCAGAGACGCGAGAAUUGCUGGCCUUCAUGUAAAGCAGGCUGAGAGGUUGGUUUGCUGGGCAACUGUGAUGGAUCGGAGCACGUGGCUCAGUUUGAUUGGAUUGGACAAAUUGGGUUAUUUGGGUUCGGGUAAUUAUGGAUUUGGAGCAACAAAUUAUAGGGCUGGUGAGUUAUUUCGUUCUGAUUGUGACUUUGAUCUUGUUUUGGGUAGUAGCAACGGGAUAUUGAAGGUGUGAAUUUGGAGAAUGGUGUUUAAAGUUGCUGAAGAAACUGUUGCUGAUGAAGUGGGCAUUUGCAAAGAGAAUCAGAAAAAGAGUGCAUUUUGUGGUUGAGAGUUGAAAAGGCAGGGAGCAUUCUUUUGAACGAUAAAGCAACUUUAGCUUCAACCAAGGGCAAAUAUGGAAAUAUAAUUAUUGAUUUUGAACCGAUGAAAUGCUGAUUGAUGAUGAGUCUACCUACCAUUAACAUCAUGGCUACCGCUGUCAUCGUUGUAAACAAAGCAAACACGGGUCAGCCGCGGAAGGAAAGAUGCAUAAAAUAUCAAGCAUUAACAGGAAGUUGCUGGGAAGUUGCAAUGACGGCCACAGGGGAGGAGACAAAGGUGUACAACUUGGUUUUCGGUCAAUCUCGUGAUUUAUGAGGUAGACCAUUUUGUCCGACUGGUUGGCUUUGUGUCCUCAUCACCUUAACGAGGAAAUCACCAGGAAAUUUCGUUUCUUGCUAGUUGUCAAUUGUAUUUUUGUAAAGUCAGUACUUUUUCUGCAAAAAGAAAAGUUUACUGGACCAACUGAAAGGACGCAAGAUAGGGAUCCAAUGUGGAAAGGGAGUGGAGUUUGAUGGACGGAAUUUGUUGCAGAAA